ACAAUCUUACAAAGUUCCAAGCUUGAAACAACAGUCAAAAUGAUAGAUUUGGAGACUAGUAGUUUUAGUAUUGUUUUUGUUGGACGCAUGGCACGUUUCUUGCAAUGAUAAAUAUCAUUUGGCACUAUCAAAAACAGUAAGAACUUGGGUCCUUUUCAGCAAAUGGGAUUUUGCUUUCUUAUAAUUAUUUGAAGUCGUGACCGGAUCAAGAAGAAGGUCUGAGCUGCAUCUGCCAGAGCUCACACCAUAGCUAACAGAGCCAAAUCCAGUUCAUUUCCAGUUACCUACGAAUUCUCGAAGAACCCCAAGAGCCAUAAGCACGUUUUGCUUACCAUUUUCUCUGUUCAUACUCUUUCAACAUUCCCUAUAUUUUCAACUCGCUUUGGAUGAAUAUGAAACCGGGUAAAAAUCUUCCUCUUUCUUGAAUUAUGUGAUAUGAUGGAUUUAUGGUGUUCUCUCCCUUUGCAGCAAUGAUUGCCCCUAUAGCGGUAGCUUUGACAGUGGGCCUCCUGGGAUGGACUUAUCGAGCAUUAAAGCCGCCCCCUCCAAAGAUAUGUGGCUCACCCGAUGGGCCUCCUGUCACUUCUCCCAGAAUUAAGCUCAGUGAUGGGAGGCAUUUGGCUUACAGGGAAGCUGGAGUUCCCAGGGAAGAGGCUAAGUACAAAAUAGUUGUCAUUCAUGGCUUUGGCAGCUCCAAAGAUCUGAAUUUACCUGCAUCUGAAGAACUUGUAGAGGAACUCAGGAUCUAUUUCCUUUUCUUCGAUAGAUCAGGUUAUGGAGACAGUGAUCCAAAUCCAUCACGCUCAGUGAAGAGUGAAGCAUAUGAUGUUCAAGAACUAGCUGACAAGUUGCAGAUUGGUUCUAAGUUUUAUGUGAUUGGGAUCUCAAUGGGAGCAUACCCUGUUUACAGUUGCUUAAAAUACAUACCUCAUAGAUUGGCAGGGGCUUCUCUUGUAGCUCCCUUUGUUAACUACUGGUGGCCUUGUCUUCCUGCAAAUUUAUCGAAUGAUGCAUUCAGUAGGUUGCUUGCACAAGACCAAUGGUCAUUCCGAGUUGCACAUUACACCCCUUGGUUGUUCUACUGGUGGAUGUCCCAGAAAUGGUUCCCUUCACUAAGCAUUCUGGCUGGAAAUAUGGCGAUUUUCAGCCAAAGUGAUUUGGAGAUCCUGAAGAAGUGGUCCGAAGCUCCAAGUGUCGGUCAGGAGAAGAUUCAGCAGCAAGGUGUUUAUGAGUCGCUGCAUCGAGAUAUAAUGGUCAGUUAUGGAAAAUGGGAAUUUGAUCCCAUGGAUCUAAUUAAUCCUUUUCCAAAUAAUGAGGGCUCGGUCUAUAUUUGGCAAGGUUAUGAAGACAGAAUCAUUCCAUUUCAAGUAAAUCGUUAUCUCUCCGAAAAGCUUCCAUGGAUUAAUUAUCAUGAAGUUCCUGAUGCUGGGCACCUUCUGAUUUUUGAGAGCAAAAACUGCGAAGCGGUUUUACGGGAACUUGUGCAGAGGUAAGACCCCAGUAUAUGUACAUUAUUCGGUGAAUUGUUCAAUGUUUUGGAUGUGUUUUACGGGAUACUUCAUUUAUCAUUUGUAAGAUGCUCUACUAGAAAUUUAAGUGAAACCAGUAAUAUAUAUGCUAAAA